AUGACCACAUAUGACCACAUGUGUGUAAUGUGGGGGGCAUGUGGCACAGGGGAGAAUGAGCCAGUGACUCUAGCCAAGGCCAAGAGGGAAGGCAUACGAAUGCAGAAACUGCCACUUGAUAGGUACUUGGAGUGGGGUAUUGGAGGCAAGUGUCUGACGCUCAACCAGAUAGUUAGUAUCUUGCUGGAUAUUAAGCAUACAGGUGACUGGCAUUAUGCUCUGCGACAUGUCCCACGUAGAAAAUUGCGGCCUGCUUUAAGUCAAGAGGAUAUGGAGGCUAUGUUGCACAGGAGGAUGGAGUUGGAUACAGGAAAAAGAAGCCCUUACCGUACUAAUUACGCACCACGGAUGAGGUAGGUAGCUGAAUGUUUUGUU